AAAAGGAACCGUGUGGAUACUGCCCAAGCGACGGGGGCCGCCUCUCAUUGUUGUCUACAGGAGGAAAACAAAUCCACACACAAAAUCUACCGAUGGCUGGAUUUCUCACAGCCAAACGCAUCUUCUUCUUUUUCAGCAUUUCUAUUUGAUGCGCUUUACAGAUUUUACUCAGUAAUUCGUUGCCGACUUGGAGGCGGCUAUCCUGAUGAAGUAUCGGCAGAGGGAGGAGGAUACCAAAGAGAGGAAGGAAACGAGGAUAACGUCACGAAGACUCGGAGUAAAACGGACUGAAUAGUGUUUAAUGGACGAUCCCUGAUGCGGGCCGGGGAAAUAGCUGGGGCCAAUUCUGUUUGCUGACGCCGUGUUGGACAAAUAUGUUUUUGUUAAGUUGCGGGGCGUGAAAAGUGGAAACGAUCGGGAGAGGAAACAGCAACGCGGCAGCAGCAGAUUUCAUCUGUUCCAGGAGCUCCGCUAAAGCAGAGAAAUGGAAAUGUGUGCAGCCCUCCUCCGGUUGCCUGUUUACUGAAGGAUUUGGAAACAGCCUGAUCGUGACACACGGAACUUUAAAAGUGGAUCUCCUAUGAACUCGGUUUUUAAUGAGUGAAAAAGACGUCUAAUUAAAUCCUCCGCAGGAUUUUGGGGACGUUGCUUUCAGUUUAUUUUUCUUUGUUUGGUUUUUUUGUUUGUUUGUUUUACAGCAGGAAAACAAAAGCAGGAAAAUCAUCGGGAGAAUUAACAGGUGACAGCUAGAACAGUUUCAAAAUGAGUGAACUGGAGCAGCUUCGUCAGGAGGCCGAGCAGCUUCGGAACCAGAUACGAGAUGCCAGGAAAGCAUGUGGAGAUUCAACCCUGACACAGAUAACUGCUGGUCUGGAUCCUGUGGGGCGGAUUCAGAUGCGGACAAGACGCACCCUCCGUGGCCACCUGGCCAAGAUCUAUGCCAUGCACUGGGGUUCAGACUCUAGGCUUCUGGUUAGUGCCUCUCAAGAUGGAAAACUGAUCGUCUGGGACAGCUACACCACCAACAAGAUACAUGCCAUCCCCCUGCGCUCCUCCUGGGUAAUGACCUGCGCUUACGCCCCUUCUGGGAACUAUGUGGCCUGCGGUGGCCUCGACAACAUUUGCUCCAUCUACUGCUUAAAGACACGCGAGGGCAAUGUCAGGGUGAGCAGGGAACUACCUGGCCAUACAGGUUACCUGUCAUGUUGCCGUUUCAUUGAUGACAAUCAAAUCAUCACGAGCUCAGGAGACACCACAUGUGCACUGUGGGAUAUUGAGACGAGUCAGCAGACCACAGUUUUCUCGGGCCACACUGGUGAUGUCAUGAGUCUGUCCCUUUCGCCCGACCAGCGCACCUUUGUGUCGGGAGCCUGCGACGCUUCGGUCAAGCUGUGGGACAUCAGGGACAGCAUGUGCCGGCAGACCUUCAUAGGCCACGAGUCGGACAUCAAUGCUGUCUGUUUCUUUCCCAAUGGCAGCGCCUUUGCCACGGGCUCUGACGACGCCACUUGCAGGCUGUUUGACCUGCGUGCAGACCAGGAGCUAGGCCUCUACUGCCAUGACAACAUUAUCUGUGGCAUCACCUCUGUGGCUUUCUCACGCUCAGGCCGCCUGCUGCUGGCUGGUUACGAUGACUUUAACUGCAACAUAUGGGAUGCCAUGAAGGGAGACAGAGCAGGAGUCCUGGCAGGCCACGACAAUCGCGUGAGCUGUCUGGGCGUGACGGAUGACGGCAUGGCGGUGUGCACCGGGUCCUGGGACAGCUUCCUCAAGAUCUGGAACUGAGCCGUGCAUAUAAACAGCAAACCAACACACACGGCCAACAGACAGACACCGCUCUUAUCUUGGGACACAGUUUGCACCCUGUACUCUCACUGUAUGUAAGAUUCCACAGACAAACCGCAACAUUAUACUGUACAUAAUAUAUAUUACUUAGAUAUGAGUUUACACACACACACACACACAAACAUACAUAUAUAUACUCAUUGUAUGCGGGACAAAAUAACAAGACCUGAACACAUGCCCACACUACCUACCGCUGAUUAAAGUGCACAGCAGCAAGGCCACAGUACAACACACACAUACACAUAACAGGUCAAUGUCAACAUGUGACCAAAUACAGUUGAAUAUUCAGCUGUUCAACCGAAGACGCAAACACUAUCGUCACUGUCUGACACACUCAUUCACACACACACACACACACGGUUAUCAUGGGAGAUGUUGCUCCUCGUGUUAAGCAGGGGAGUCAACAUUGCUGAACAAUUCUGUCUUUGUUUACCACAAAGUCCAAAAUGCACUUCAGAUUUUUCUUUGCUAUUUUUGUCUCUGUACCAUACGUAUCUCAGCAAUGGUGCUGUGAACCACCUGAGUACAUUAAUGGUGGGGGGUGGGGUUGAUUGAUUCCAACAAAAAUAUGAACUCUAAUUUUCAUCUGUUUCAAAUAGUCAUGCAGUCACUGUUUUUACCAUGACAUCAGUUCUAAGUUUUCUCUUUUACUCUGCACACUUCUUUUAUUCAUAUUCUCCCUGUGUGCCUCAAAUACACUUAUUAACAGAGGAUAUCGAGACAGUUAAAUUAAUCCAAAAGAACCUGAGAUUAAGAGAAGCGGAGAAGUAAAAGCAUUACAAGACAUGUCUUACCGAGUAGGAGCCAAUAAUUAUACUUUGACUUUGUCAUUGUAUUAUCUGGACAUUACUAUAAUUGUACAUAAUAUUAAUAAAUAACUGCCUCU